UUUUUGUGUCAUAUUCACUGUAAAAGCUCUAAUUGUUUUGAUCUGUUGCCGUAAGGAACUGAGGUCAAUGUUUUUUUUUCUCUGACUGCGAUCUGCAAAUUUUAAAUCAAAAUUGCAAUUAUCAUCGAUUGUGAAAACAUAAUUGUUCCCCUCGAUAAGCCUCUUGCAGACGAGCAAUGCCAAUGGCAAGCAGCUGGUGUGAAAUUCAUCUGCUAAUCGAUAUCUCUCUUCCUUGUUCUUCGAGUGCAGUCGUCCUUAACUAUUAAUAAAGAGUUACUUAAAUUGUUCAUUGCAGAAUUCUAUAGACAACCGGCUUUCAGCAGCCACUGAAAUGAAGCGGAAAUAUCACUACCCGAAUGUGACCAACGUCGCGAAGAUCUUGUUAGACCGCAACUAUAGGGAUAUUGAGCAUAUCGUGAAGAACCGGCUAAAAACUGCACCACAGUUCAUCGAUAAGAUUGAGUUGGAGGCAGAGCUCAAAGGUCACAACGGUUGUGUUAAUUGUUUGGAAUGGAGCGACAAUGGUCGAGUUUUGGCUUCCGCAUCGGACGAUUUUCACGUAAUGCUGUGGGAUCCAUUCAGUCAUAAGAAACUCUAUGAUUUAGUGACCCCACACGAUGGAAAUAUUUUCUCGGUAAAGUUUCUUCCGAAACGAAACAACUCCACGCUGGUAACGGGGGCUGGAGAUUGUCGGACUUUCGUGUUCGACAUUAACCGUGGUAAUGAUUUCCCGAUUCGAAAAUGCACCUGUCAUGGUCAACGCGUUAAACGGUUGGCCACAUCAUCGAAACAUGUGCACCUGUUCUGGUCAUCGGCGGAGGAUGGUAAAGUACUGCAGCAUGAUAUGCGAACUCCGCAUACAUGCCGGGCAAACGAUGCCAAUGUGCUGAUCAAUUUGCGCAACCACAUCAAUGAGAUGCCAGAAGUGAAGUGCAUAGCUAUCAAUCCACAGCGACCAGAACUGAUGGCGAUCGGUGCAAACGAUUGCUACGCCCGUUUGUAUGAUCGGAGAAUGUUGUCACUGAUGAAGCUCAGUACCAACGUUGAACUGAAGCCGAAUGAGAAUAACACCGACAACGUACCGCGGGAUGGAUGCGUCCAAUACUACUGCCCGGGUCAUUUGAGCCGAAACAAGGAUACGGUGUACUCGAUUUUCAACCAGAAAGCCGUCACUUAUCUAACCUUCAGUCCGGACGGGGGCGAAUUGCUGGUCAACAUGGGAUCGGAACAAAUAUAUCUGUACGAUUUGGCUCGACCGAAGGAACCGAUGUUUCUGCAACUGCCGAAGUUUACCGAACCAAUAAAUGGAACCAAUGGAACGACGACAAAUGGAGAAAAGAUUAGGCAUAAACUUCCACCCGAAGUGGAGCGUAUGAAAAAGGAGGGUAAUGCAAAUCUAGAGAAGGAAAUGUAUCUGCAAGCGAUACAACAGUACACGAAGGCAAUCCGAAAAGCGCAGGAGAAAGAUUGUUCAAUUCUCUAUUUGAAUCGGGCGACGGCCCUAAUGAAAAGAAAUUGGUACGGUGAUGUGUACGCUGCGGUUCGUGACUGCCAUAGAGCACUUCGUCUGGAUCCGCAUUAUGUCAAGGCUCAUUUCCGACUGGCUCGGGCUCUGCUCAAACUGGGACAACUGUCGAAUGCAGCGUCAUGUUUAACAGAAUUGGUGCAACGGUUUCCAUCGUACGCUAAGAACCAUGGCGUUCUGAUGUUGGAUAAAGAUAUUGAAGCGGAAUUGGAAAAACAGCGGCAAAGGCAACGGGAGCGACCUGUGGACUCCGAGACGGACCAAUUUUCCGACAAUGAGCUGGCUUGGAGAGCUAGCGCACUAGACUACCAGGACCGUUUUGUGGGCCAUUGCAAUACAAAAACAGAUAUCAAGGAAGCAAACUACUUUGGUGAUUCGAACUAUAUCGUUGCCGGCUCCGAUGAUGGCAACUUUUUCAUCUGGGAACGAGACAGUGGAAUGAUUGCGUCGAUCUACCAGGCGGACGAACUGAUAGUGAACAGUGUCCAGCCCCAUCCGUUUGUGUGUCUGCUCGCCACCAGUGGAAUCGAUCACGAGGUUCGUCUUUGGUCUCCGCAGGCAUUUGAAUCCCGACUGAAGCAUCGGAUAGACGAAGUGGUUGGUACGGUCAAUGAGAACCAAAACCGAAUGCAGUCCGAUCCGUUCGAUUCGUUAGCUCCUGAUCAGGCCAUGUGUCGAGCUAGUUAGCUUUUUUGGUACGGUUUAUGUUUAACAUACUGUAUGUGAUUAAAGAUAGAGUUAAUAAGUUAUUCGCUAGGAUACUUUUAUAGCUGAGCGUAGCCGCAUCUUGUCAGGUGAGCAUCACACAAAAUUAUCCGUCGCAUGGAAACUGGAUCGUUACUGCAACAAAACACACAGGAUAGAGUACUAAUCACAUUGUUUACACACCAAUCAUUGUUACUGGAUUGAAUUAUAUUUGAGAUUUUACGUAGCAGCAAAAGCUUCGAGGAUAGCUGCGGCAAUAAAACUGGUAGGCAUUGAAGCGUGAUAGUUCUUAAUUUUUCCUCUUGCAAAACAGUCGACCCACACUUUCGUAAUAUAGAACGGACAAUGAACAUUGCUUAUUGCGUUGAAUGCCAGUUCGAUGGUAAAACAUGUUAUAUAUAAUAAAGACAUAUUGAUGAAUUA